UCGAGUCGAGUGCUUCGAGAGUGAAGAUCGUGUUGUCGUCUUCUCCACCGUCUCUGAUCUCAACAGAUUUGACUUUUUCUAGCCUUAUUGCAUCGUUACUUUAAAAGUGUCAGUGUUCCAGUGCCUGCCGGGACAUCCCGUGGACAAAUGUAGUGCGAAAGUGUGGUUUACAUAGCUUGUCGUCGUUAUCUGUGAGGAUAAUGCCCUAACGGAUUAUAGUGCCAAUAUUGGAUUAAUUUGGAUAUUCCUAUCUGAUCAGCAUGGACCGCGACCGCGCCCGCCUCAGUGACCUGAACGCCCACCUGCUCUGUGUUCUGUGCGGUGGUUACUACAUUGAUGCCACCACCAUCUGCGAGUGUCUGCAUUCGUUCUGCAGAUCGUGUAUCGUGAAACACCUGGAGACCAGCAAGUUCUGCCCGAUCUGCGAUGUCCAACUGCACAAGUCAAAACCCCUCCUCAGCAUCAGGCCUGACACGACGCUGCAGAGGCUGGUGUACAAGGUGGUGCCGGGACUGUUCCAGCGAGAGUUACAGAGGAGACGUCAGUUCUACACCAAUCCAGAGUCCCCGGACUUCCACAGAGACAUCGCCAGGCUGGCGAAGUACCAGUCGUUCUCUCCAGAGGACAGUUUCAGCCUGUCAAUAGAGUACUACAACAGUGCGAGGACGAAUGCCGAAGACAAGGCUCAGGGCGGCAACUCCGCAGAAUCCGCUGCUGGAAAGACAGGGAAGAGGUACCUGCAGUGUCCGGGAGCUCUCACCAUUCGGAUGCUGAAAAAGUUCCUGCGUCAGAAAUAUGGUCUCAAGUUUGACAAUAGGGUGGACAUCUAUUACCUGAAUAAUCUGGUGCCGGAGUCAUUCUCCCUCAUUGAUGUGGCGUACACCUACAGCUGGGACAGAAAGGAGCCAAUGAAAUUCGGAUAUCAGAUUUUGGAAAGGCACGCAGUAAAAGUGACGAAAACCAACAGAGUCGUAUUGGGAGAGAGCUCUUCCUCCUCUUCUCUGGAAAUGACAGUGUCCAGUGUGGCGACCACAGAAGUGGAUGAAACCGAUAAUCAACUCGCAGAACAAGUGCGAGAAUUGGGACUGGCCAAGAGGAAACUCAAGGAAAACACGAGCUCUGUCGUUCUGGAAGACGGGCCGGCACCGUCAAAGAAGCCUCUGAGUAAGCAAUCGGAAAUGGAAAGGAGAAGGUGGAUUGGAAGGGAUGAACCGCUUCUUUCUGAUAAAACUCAAAAUUACCAAGAAGUGGAAAAUCCAACACCGAAUAAACUUCUUAAUUGCGGCCAGGAAUCUAUCGAAAGCGAAAACGUCGAAGAAGAAUAUCCGGAACUGAAUACGAGGGAGGACAAAGGUGAACAGAGCCAAGCGACGUCACCGGGAAGAACGGAAGAUUCGGCAGUAGAUCUGAUAGCAGACGAUGACGAAGUAAUGGAAACAGAAGAAGUUUCUCAAACUGCCGACUCAAUAGAAGGCGAUGUUUUGGUAGCAGAUGCUAAUCAAGACAUCGAGGAGGUUAUUGUGGACGUUGAAGGAGAACCGUCUCAAGAUUUUAUCCUUCAAGAAGAACAACCCAUGGACAUCAGUGAAGACUUGGAAGAGGACGACGAUGAGGAUCGUUUAAGGAUAUGUGAUCCUGAGGAAGUACCCGAAGAAAAGAAUGGAGAUGAAAAUGCGGAAGAAGGAAUGGAAGUCGAUUCGGUUCAACCUCAAGUAGAAGAAGAAAAACUGGAAAACGUCAUCGAAGAGGAAACAGAGGUCGUGAGAAAAGAAAGUAAAAGCAGGAAGAAAAACAAGAAAGCAAAACACCACCACCGACACAAACGGGAUUAUUCUCCUGCCCCUGAAGCAACCAUUGUCUCAGACGAUAACGUUGACGUAUUGAAAUUGAAACUAAAAAUAACUAGAAGUGAAAGUGAGUCAAGCCAAGGGAAACUGAAAAAUAAACAAGACGACAAUUCCAAAUAUCACUCGUUAAGUGACAACCAUAAUUCACCGAAACAGAUAAAGCACCAUAGAUACUCGAUUGCCGAAGAAACUGAACCUAGUUGCGCCCAAUCUCCUUCUAACUCUAAUAUUGAUGAGGAUUCCAGGAACUCACAGUCAACAGAUGACCACGAUGUACGGAGUGUGGCCAGCUCCAAGGAAGGUCAGGACGAUUUGUCUCAAGUCGAUAAAGAUACUCAACUACACAAUGGAAACUUAGACUCUUCAAAGGCCAAGAAGGCCCAAUUAACCAACAAAGAAAAACUCUUGCAAAUGAGGCAAGUGAGGCAUAAAAACAUAACACCCCCUCCUCCUCCCCGAAUUCCUGUGAACACAACGAUAAGCAAAGUGAGUGCUGAGGAGGCUAGUAAGAACUCUCCGAAGACACCGAUACUACUGACAUCUCCUACCUCGUCUUUGACCGUGAGCAAAGUCACUGCUGAAGAAAAAAUGAUGAUGAUGAAUAACAACAAUUUAGAAAGCAAGAAACCGUCUUUGGAAAUCAUCAUGGUCAAUAAACCGAACAACGUAAACAAGAACUCUGAUAUCAAACUACACAAUAAUCAACCUAAGCAAAAACACGUGCCUGUGGGAAUUCCUGUUGUAAAACUCAUGAAGUCAAACAGUCUGAAUGCAAUGUUACCAAAGCAAAACGCACUGACCGUGUCGAAGGUUAAGACUGAGGGAGCAAACAAGUCCACUGAAAGUGCCAAAAGCAGUAAAGACAACAAAGUAGGUGACAGAAAGGUAGGUGAAAAGAAGGGGGAGAGUUUCGGUGCCCUCGAUUUAUCUGGAAAAUCCAAUCGAUCUUGUGGAUCGUCGCCGGCUUCAGAAAAUUCCAACUGCCCUUCGCCCAACCAGACCGCCUUGUCCAUGACUCAGCCUCUGAUCAACCGUCACCUAGCAGCCACCGGCAGCCCCCGCAGAUCACCCGGCAGUCCCCCAGUUCCCACCCCAGCAGCCGUCCCCAAGGGAUCCCCCACUCGUGCCUUGCAGCAGCAUACCUCCGGCAUGUGGAACCUCAUGACACUCACCAACACCGCAGUUAGUGUCAGCAACAAGAACAUGCAGGAAGACAUGAAGCGUCAGUUGGCUAACAACCAGAAGUUGUCACCCCAGAGAUACCCCUCGGUGUCUUCCCCUACCCAGUUGAAGAUUCCCACCCCCAGCACGAGUUUUGCUAACAAGUUCAUCGGCAGGCACAAGGCUCCGACAGCGCCCGGAGCUGUUCGUUCGUCUACAAGUAAGCUCUCAGGCAGCAUGACUCGCCCUGCAUCUCCGGCCUCCCGCGGUCGCUCUGUCGCCUACCCCAUCAUGUAUCAGAGUCAGUCUGUCACGGUGGCCAAGAAACAAGCGGGGAUCAACGGGCGCAUACCCCCGCCUCCCCCGGCCAUCCCCAUAUCGACCCUCUACAAGAUGGAGAACAUGGCCAGGAAGUACGACCUGGAAAAGAUCGCCAGAGGGAUCUCGGCGGCUAGCAAAGCUGCAGCUGGAAUCCCUAGUUCAUAGUGCACGACUGUCGCUCAGCACCGCGUCAUCGAGGACUGAUCAAAGACUUGACACUGAUCUAGUACAAAGGAUGAAGUACUCUUUGGCAAAUGUACAGAAGGAUCUGAUCUCUUUAACAAGCUGUGACGUGUAAGAAUGAACCUAAUGUUUGAUUUAAAAACCGUUGACCACUUAGGAAUUACAACGGUCCACUACUCUCAAGUACAAAUAAUAAACACUUUUUACUUCGGACAAUUAGAUUGCCUUGACGCACGUUUUUACUCAACGUGCAAAUUUACUAUUACCAGCACUGUAGUUAACAGAAGUACGUCUAUUUAUGAACUAGAUUAUACUACUGUUGUACAUAUCAAAAUGUAUAGUAAGUUACGUAGGCCUAUUAUAAAGUUGGUUUUAAGUUUCUAUGGACAGUUUUGUUGUUCAUUUCAACACCAAAGACUUCUUAGAGCAUUAUUUUAUCACGUAGUGUAAGGCAGGGUUUUAAAUAUUCAAUGUUCCUGUACAAUAGUGUGUAUUUCAGUACAAAUCUGAUUCAAUCUCGUAAUGCUUUGCAUUUAAAAUGUUUUCCAAAUGUAGAAUAUUAGUUAGGGUCUUAAUGUGUAAAAAUGUUUAGAUUUUUAUGUUUACUUAAGUGAUUUAUUGUUUGACGCAGUUAUUAAUUCUUCUCUACGGAUAUUUAAUUAUUACACUAAAAUUACUAUUAUUUAUGGAAAGGACUUGAUAAGUUUGUUGAAGCAUUCCAAUGUUCAGGAAAAAAGAGACAAUUUUCCGAAUUUUUUUCUGGUUUUGUUAAUUAUUCCUCUAAUUCACUGGUUAAUACUGUAACGUUUAUAAAUUAGAAGGUCUCUCCCACCUUUUGGUUGGUAAGAAAUAUACGGUUUUAGUUUUAUUGGGCUAUUAUUGUUGAUUUAUUUUGAAACUAAUUGUUAUGUUAGUGAUAAUAUUUUGUAUUGUUGUAUUGAAGUCUGUAUUGUUUCACAAACUAAUAUUUAAGAAUGUAUUUUAUCCUAAUUUAUCUUAAUUUUUGUUCCGAAUUAGUUUUCUUUUCGUAGUUCAUAUAACUUAUUGAUAAACUGUUUGUUUAAUCUUUAUCUAUAACAUUUUGUUGUUUCUUGUUCAGUUAGUUUGUUGUUGUUGUUGAGUGGUCAAUGUUCUGGGUUGGUUUAUAUAACUGUACUUAACUAAUACAGUACUUUUUGUUAUAAUAUUUCAAUGUUUCUAGUAGGAAUAUAAGAUUGAGUAGUCACGUACACCGUUUGAAUAUGUUCUAUAUAACAGUAAUAUUUAAUUUUUCGGUAAUUAAUUACAAGAUAAUUGAAUUAAUUAAUUAAUUGUAAAUUUAAUUCGAGCUAAAGUUUAAAUUUCAAUUGUAUUUUGACAAUAAUUUUCUCAAUUUAUUUGUAAUUUAUAUCCAGAAAAUGUUCCUUUCAGAUUUGUAUUAUUUUGUUUACAUUAGAGAGAGUUGUAUUUUUUGUGGGAAAUAAUUAUUUCACGAUUAAGUUUUAGUUUGAAUUUAUGUUAUAUUUUGGCUGAAAAGUGUACAUAAAAUUGUAUUAUAAGUUUCAAAAUGUUAUGUACAUAUAGUAAAUACAUAAGCUAAUUGUAUAUAUGUGAUAUAAUCGUGUAGGAUUCGUGUCUACAUGUAUUCAAGAUAUUCCUAUUAAAAGUUACGCCUGUUUGUCUGGAA